AUGUCCAGCAUCGCUCAUAGAAGGCGCAUCUACCCGGUAGCAGAGCUCGACCAGAUCAGUGAUCCGGGUGCCGAUCCUGGCACUGGUCAACCGUUUGCGUCAUGCCCAGCCACAUCGGUCCUGGACGUGGAUGACUGCGUCCAAUCGUCCCAGCGGGCAUUCCAGGCCUAUCGCUACACGAACCCAAGAGAACGAGCCAAAUGGCUCCUCGCAUGGCACAACCUCAUUAUAGGUGCGAAGGAAGACAUUGCCAAGAUCGUGGUCUAUGAGACUGGAAAGCCGAUGGCCGAGGCAUUGCUUGAAGUAGACUAUGGACUCAGCUUCGUCUGGUGGUUCAUUGGCGAGGCCGAGAGGAUCCGUGGCAGUACAGCAAUACCAGCAGUAUCAAACCGGCGGACUUUUGUCAUCAAACAACCAAUUGGGGUCUGUGUCGCGCUCGUGCCUUGGAACUUUCCAGUCGCAAUGAUAUUGAGAAAAGUAACGGCUGCAUUAGCCGCCGGAUGCACCAUGAUAGUCAAACCAUCUCCAGAAACACCACUCAGUGUCUUGGCUCUUGCUGACCUGGCACAUCGAGCAGGGUUCCCCAGUGGGGUGCUCAACGUGUUAACCACGGACAUGGCGAACACACCUGCGCUCAGCGAGAGUCUAUGUAAGCAUCCGCUGGUGCGCAAGGUAACAUUCACCGGCAGUACGACUGUGGGUCGACUCAUUGCGCGUCAUUGCAGCGAGGGCUUGAAGAAGCUGACAUUGGAGCUGGGAGGAAAUUGCCCAUUCAUCGUGUUCGACGAUGCCGACCUACAGGCAGCGCUAGAUGCUUUGAAGAUCUUGAAGUGGAGAACUUGUGGCCAGGCCUGCACACACGCAAAUCGAGUCUUUGUCCAAAGAGGCGUCUUUAGCAAGUUUGAAAAGAUGCUCGUUGAGGCGACCAAGCAGAUACGGGUUGGCCACGGCAGCGCAGCUGGAACUACAAUGGGCGCGCUGACGACCCCCCGAGCCGUGGAUAAACUGAUGCUCCACGUCACUGAUGCCGAGAAUAAUGGAGCCCGAGUCCUCCUCGGUGGGAAGCAGCCAGAAGGUUUGCAAGGCUUCUUCUUUGAGCCGACCAUAUUGUCAGACAUGACGCCGAAGAUGCUGUCGUAUAGAGAGGAGAUAUUUGGACCUCUGCUGGCAUUAUAUGCCUUCGAUACCGAGGAGGAGGCAGUCCGGCUUGCAAAUGAUACAAGUAUGGGCCUGGCCUCUUACUUCUUCACCAAGGAUGUGGAUCGCACUUGGCGAUUACUUGAAGACCUCGAUGCUGGAAUGAUCGGAAUGAACUCAGGUAAUAGCUCGUGCGCCGAAUCGCCGUUCGGGGGAAUUAAAGAGUCUGGAUAUGGAAAGGAAGCAGGAAAGGACGUCGCCAUCGAAGAAUACUUGAUUGCCAAAACAGGAACCCUGACUCUUCAUUCGGGUGCCAAGAUAUAG